AUGGAGCCCGAAGAUACGCCACCACCUGUGGUAGGGCCUACGGAAGCGUCUUCUUCCUUGUUUAGGGGAGGCGGCUCGGGUCUCCUCGUACCCUCGGCUGGCUCACCGUCCGCUGCGCUCCGGAGCAGUUUCAUCGGCAAGGGCCGAGCCUCGCAGAUUCUCUCUUCGUCCACCCCAUCCGCCCUCCACAUCGAGAACGGCUCCGAAGACGACGAAAAAGAUGGAAGCUCGAGAAGACAAAAGAUUUUGGACCAAGAUCGAGGCCAAAAUGGCGAAAGCGAAGACGGCGAGCAAAGAGCGAAGCGAAGCGCGAGCGAGGGCAACGAGCAGGAGCAGCCCAGCGGCGAACAAGAAGUCGACGGCGACGACUAUGGAGGCCUGGAUGAUGAUGAAGGUCAAAAUCAAAACGAGAUCAAAAGCAAAAAGGGGGCGCCGGCGGAGGAGGCGAACUUGGAUCAGGCCAUCGAUGCAGCGUCGCACGCUUUCACGUCGGGCGUGCUUCGACGGCUCACCAAGGCCCCCUCCCCUCCCCCUCUUCUCGACUCUUCUUCAUCUUCUUCGUCUUCGACUUCGUCCUCCUCCUCCACUCUUGCGUCGCCCCUCUCCCCCUCCACCUGGCUCCGGUCGCCCGCCCUCACCGCCGUUAACCGCGAGCGCUCCUUCUCCCCCAUCGUCCUCGGCGAGAAGGACCGACCAGCCGCCCCAACCCUCUCCACCUCUCCACCAUCAUCUUCUUCUUCUUCAUCAUCGUCGUCUUCUUCUUCGUCAUCAUCAUCAUCGUCGUCGUCGGCAGCGAACGAGGGCGGAGUGGAGACGGCGCGGGUGCAGGUGCGGGCGUCGGGCAACCUGCAGCUGCCGCUGCUGGUCGGGCUGGUCGAGGCGGACGAGGGCCCCGGCACGCUGGGCAGCCUGCCGGGCCUGCUCCACGCCGCCGCGCUGGUGGCCUGGAGCGACGGCAGCAGCGGGAGCGGGUCGAGGAGCAACUCCACCAGCGGGCCAGACGACCGGGCAUCGACCAAGGGCUUGUCCAAGAAAGAGGUGAUGCAGCAGCUGGCGAGGAAGAUCAAGGAAGAGGGCGGACGGAACGGCAACUCGCAGGAGGGCCAGCUGGACGAGAUGCUGCUGUUUUGCAUUACCCAGUUCCUGGGCGAGCUGGCCCUCAUCGUCAGCGAUCACACGCUCUACCGGCCGCACAAGCUCAUCGGCCUCAACAAGGAGCUGGCCAAGAUGGCCAAGAUUUUGCAGGGCGUGAGCACCGAGGACGACGCGCUGUGGAUUCUGCGGCGGGCCAAGUCGACCAUCUCCGAGCUACCGCGCCACAUCAGCAAGGACAAGGAGGGCAGCGCGCCCUCCGGUCUGAAGGGGAAGAGCUCCGUCGACUCCAGCGACAUGCGCCCUGCCUCCCUCGAACAACGGAUGAGCGAUUACAUCGACCAGAUCUGCACGCGACUGAUCGACAUGCAGAAGGAGCUGGCCAGCGGCCAGGCGGGGCUCAACCAAAAGACCCACUACUCUCAGGUCAUCUUCAAGCUCUCCAGCCGCUUCGAGGCGCUCGACAAGCAGGGUUACCUGGGUCAGGCCGAGCCCAAGGAGGAUGCCCAGCAGGCCGACACCGAGGAGCAGUUGCCGAGCCUGCCCAACUUCAUCCAGAGCCUGCCCGGCGAAAAGGUGAGCUAUGUGGCGUCGUCGGUCAGGUCGAAGGUGUGGAACGGAGGCGCUGCGGCCGCGUGCGUCGGUACACUGUUCGUGACCACCUACCAGUCGUUCCCAAUCCAUUUCAUAGCGUCGAUGGAAAAGGUGGGCGGUCGGAAGCGCACGAUGGGCAACGACGACUACGGACUGGACAUCUUCCUGAAGGACACCCGCAUCAUUCGCUUCGUGUUCGAGCGGGACUCGCCCGUCUAUCCUCCGCCUCGACGGAUGACUCACACCAAAAUUCUCAAGGGGUUGAUUCGGCCGGCCUCGCGAUUGUUUGCGUUCGAGUACCACGCGUCGCUUCAGCGUGUCGCUCCUCCUCCAGUCGAUGGCUGGACCAUUUACAACGCCGAGAAGGAAUACAGGCGGAUGGGUGUACCCUCUAAGAAGUGGAAGAUUUCCAUGAUCAACAAAAACUACAGCUGGUGCCCCAGCUACCCCUCCAGACUCGUUGUUCCCGCCCGGUUCCCCGACGAAUUGCUGCCGGCGGUGAUCAAGUUCCGCUCACGCAAUCGCAUUCCGGUGCUGACGUGGAUAGACCCGAAGAGCGGGGCGGCCAUCGUGCGAUGCAGCCAGCCGCUGACGGGCAUGCAGCGAGGCCGCUGCAGCGAGGACGAGCAGCUGCUGGCCAGCAUCAUUCGGACAGUGCCCAAAGCGGGACAGCUCCACAUUUUUGACGCGCGACCCAAGGCCAAUGCCGUAGCCAACACCGCCAAAGGCGCUGGCUAUGAGGUGUUGGCAAACUACCAGAACUGCAGUCUCUCCUUCCUUGGAAUCAACAACAUCCACGUUAUUCGGGACAGCCAGAAGAAGUUCGUCAAUCCGAUGAACGACGACAGCAAGUGGCUCAACGCCCUCGACGCCUCGCAGUGGCUCUCGCACAUCUCCCUCAUCUCAUCUUCGAGCGCCGACGUCGCCAAGUUCGUCCAUUUGCACGGCGAACCGGUGGUGGUGCAUUGUAGCGACGGGUGGGACCGAACGUCGCAGAUCGUCGCCCUCGCCCAGAUCAUGCUCGAUCCCUACUACCGCACCAUCGAGGGCUUCAUCGUGCUGAUCGAAAAGGACUGGCUCUCCUUCGGCCACCAGUUCGCCCUCCGCAGCGGACACGACGGCUACUUCUACGCCGAUGGGCAGCGAGCGCCGAUCUUUAUGCAGUGGGUGGAGUGCGUUUGGCAGAUGCUCCGCCAAUCCCCGCUCGCCUUCGAAUACAACGAACGGUUCCUGCUGGAGCUUCUGCACCACUCCCACUCGUGCCGAUUUGGGACAUUUCUGUACAACACCGAGAAGGAGCGCAUCCAGGAGAAGCUCAGCCAAUCGACCGAGUCGCUGUGGACGUACCUCCUCGCGGAGAAAGACAACCUGCGGAUCGUCAACCCGUUCUACAAGCCCGUCAACCGCGUCAUCAUCCCCAACUGCAGCCUGAGGAGGAUGCAGUUCUGGGAGGGCUACUUCCUGCAGUGGGCGCAGGAGGGGCUGCGCGACUCGGACGCCAGCAACCUGGACCAGCACGUGCUCAACCUGGUGGCCGAGAAGGACCGCCAGAUCGCCCAGCUGCAGGCCCAGCUGCACGAGUACCAGGCCAUGCUCAACAUUACGCCGACGGCCGCGAGCAACAACAGCAAGACGACGACCAGCAUCGGCGACGCGAUGACGAGCAAGCUAAGGGGCCGCGGGCUGGCCAAGAUGAAGCUCAUCAGCGAACGCAGCGCCAAGAAGCCCAAGAGCAAGCGGAUCGUCACCACCACCGCCGCGACGGCCUCGAGCGCUGCUGGAGACGCGGCGGCCGAGAGCCAGCUCCACCCGCGGGCCACCGCCCCACCAGAGCACAGGACCGACCACCGGACUAACAAGAAGACCAAGGCCAACGGCGGCAAAAGCGUCACCGCCGCGGCUGCCUACGUCGCCCAACGGUCAACGGUCCCCUCCUCCGCUUCUACAUACACCAGCGACAGCUCGUUGGCUGCGGCUGCAAACGGCAGCAGCCAUGGCGAUGCGCCCAAGCCUGCAGCCGCCCACGGCGCCACGGCGCCACCGCCUGCGGCCCCAGACGCCAUGGCGACCACAGGCGAUCCGGGAGAAGGUAAGGAGGACGAGCCGAGGAGGCCAGCCACACAGGGCGAGGGUCUUGGGUCCAACGUCAGCGACGUCAAGUGGCGCGUCGGUGUAAAGAAUUAA